AUGGAUGUUGUGACUUGUAUCGCUGGAAAAAUUGGAGAACUCUUGGUUGAGCCAAUCGGGAGACAGAUUGGCCAUUUUAUUCACUAUACAAGUAACACUGUGAAACUCCAGGAGCAAGUUAAAAUACUUGAAGGAGUGAGGGAUGACUUGCAGGUAUCUGUUGAUGCAGCAAAGAGGAAUGGUGAGGUAAUCAGAAAAGAGGUUCAGAAUUGGAUAUCAAUGGUUGAUGGGAUUCUAUCAGAGGCUAACAAACUUCUUGGAAAGGCUUCCAAAGUGAGGUUUCAUAAUUUGGCUUCACGCUAUCAGCUAAGCAGGAAAGCAGAAGAGAAAACUAUGGAAAUUGAAAAACAGAAAAAUGAAGGCAAGUUUGAUAGAGUUUCCAAUCCUGCACCUCCGCCACCAUUAUUGUUUCCAUCUCAAGAAGAUAUUGUGAUUUUCAAAAGCAGAGAACGACAAGUAGAGGAGAUUAUGGAGGCCUUAAAGGACAACAAAAUCAACUUCAUUGGGAUAUACGGAAUGGGAGGGGUGGGUAAAACUACCCUGGUGAAAGAAGUUGUUAAAAGGGCUCAAGAAGACAUGCUGUUUCCUUCUAUUGCAAUGGUUGUGGUGUCACAAACCAUUGAUGUGAAAAAGAUUCAAGACCAUAUAGCAGAGAGUUUGGGUUUGAAAUUAGAUGAGGUUAACGAACAAAAUCGAGUAAGCCGGUUGCUGGCUAGAUUGAAGGAAGAGAACAAAGUGCUCAUUAUCUUGGAUGAUAUUUGGGCUAGACUCGAUCUUGCAACUGUGGGCAUUCCACUUGGCCAUGAUCAUGGAGGUUGCAAAAUUAUUGUCACAACACGUCGUAAACAAGUGUGUGACACUAUGGUCGACACAAGGAGUGAGACUGCAAAGGUCAUCCCUAUUAAUAUUUUAUCUGAAAAAGAAUCAUGGGUCUUGCUUAAAAAGAAUGCAGGCGCUGAGAUUGAGUCUCUGACUUUGAAUUCUUUUGCAAAAGAUAUUCUCAGAGAAUGUGGAGGCUUGCCUAUAGCUCUUGUAACAGUGGGAAGGGCAAUGAGAGGCAGAGAUCCUGAUGAAUGGCAAGAGGCAGUUAGAGAGCUAAGGAAAUCACAGCCAGAAACCAUUGAAGGGAUGGAUGAAGAUGUGUACAGAUAUAUGAGAAUAGAGGAUGCAAGACGAAGUGCUCAUUCCAUCAUAAAAAAUCUCAAAGAUUCUUUUUUAUUAUUGGGAAGUGAUGAGGAAGGCUGCGUAAAAAUGCAUGAUGUCGUGCGUGAUGUUGCCUUAUCAAUGGCAUCAGAUUAUUUUGUUAGGCCAUCUCAAAUCCUAUGCACCAUUUUUUGCACUAUUUUGGUGCUUUGCAAUAUUAUCUCCAACCUUCUGCAUCAAUUUUAA